AUGCGGUGGCCAGGCUGGUCACGGCGGGACGACAGCAAAGAUGCCGAGCCAAUACCCCCGCCAAAACCCGCGCCGCCCUCGUCCUCCUUUCCCGCCAACCUCUCGCUGACCAACUUCACCUCCUGGACCGAUUCCCUCAACAAGACCGACUGGCAGCACUACCGCGACCCGCAGGUCUGGCUGCCGCCGGCCCUCGCCGUGGCCGCGGCCCUGGGCUUCUCGGCGUUCUACCGCUCGUACCUGCGGCGCAUCCCCAGCACCAACCACAUCCGGCCCAAUUUCUUCCGCAAGCGCAGCCUGCUCGGCAAGGUGACGAGCGUCGGCGACGGCGACAACUUCCACCUGUUCCACACCCCGGGCGGGCGCCUGGCCGGGUGGGGGUGGCUGCGCAAGGUGCCGGCGUACCGGAAAGACCUGAAGGGCAAGACAAUCCCCGUUCGCAUUGCUGGCGUCGACGCCCCCGAGGGCGCCCACUUUGGCCGUCCCGCCCAGCCCUACUCCGGCGAGGCCCUCGACUUUCUGACCCAGUACCUGCUCGGCCGCCGCGUGCGCGCCUACUUGUACCGGCGCGACCAGUACGACCGCGUUGUCGCCCGCGUCGUCGUCCGCCGCUUCUUCUUCUUCAAGCGCGACGUCGGCAUCGAGAUGCUCAAGCGCGGGCUAGCCACCUGCUACGAGGCCAAGUCGGGCGCCGAGUUUGGCGGCCGCGAGGCCCAGUACCGCGUGGCCGAGGCCAAGGCCAAGGCGCGCAAGCGGGGGCUGUGGUCGGGCGGCCUGGGCCGCAACGGCGUGGCGACGGCCAGCGGAGAGAUUGAGACGCCGCGGGAGUACAAGACCCGGAUGGCGGCGCUGGAUGCCGAGAAGGAGGCGGCCGCGGCGACAGGAGGCGGCGGGGCCGAGGCAGCAACGACGACCACGUCGUCGAAUGGGAAGACGGGCUCGUCGUCUACGUCCACAUCGGCCCACACUGUCCCCAAAGUGACGGCGAGUACCGCACCCAGUGCGGGCAGCACACCGUCGGCUGCCGCGACGGCAGCAGCAGCACAUGCCAAGACAACGGCCGCACACACUGCAUCAUCCACACACAGUACGUCCACGCAAGCAGCAUCAUCACCUGCCAACAAGUCGUCGGCAGGAGGCGGCAAGUCGUCAGGUGGCUGGGGCAAGGGGCCCUUGCCUGGCAAAAAGUGA